GGUUGGGGCUGGAACUCGGGCGUCCCUUGGACCUUUGUGGCUUUAGCGACUCCUGGCGCGCAGGCUUGCACUGCGCACCGCUUCCCGAGCCCGUGACACAGAGGGGAGUGUCCCUUCGUCUGCCCGCCUGCGAGGGGCUGAGGAGGCCUGGAGCUGGGCCCAGAGUUGCGGGGCCGGUCGUUUCCCUGUGAGGCUCUCCCCAGAAUCCCUGCUGCCUCUGGGCAGUGGAGGAGCGGGCACGGAGGUCGCAGGUGUGGCUGUGGCCGUUUUUCCUGGUGCUCUGCGUGAGAGCUGGGUUCCAGAGCCUGGUCCCUAGGAGGAGAGCGGCGGAGCGGAGCCCGUGGGCGGAGGCCGGGCGCGUGAGGGGUGUGGGAGUGGGAGCGGGAGAAGAGCAUCGCCCCCGCAGCCAUGCUGCGCGCCGCUGGGAAGUGGACCCGGGUUUGACAGCCCUGCUCUGGGCGCUGCGGGUUGGCUGGGCGUGGCUGCCGGAGUGGGAAUGCCUGGUGUUACCCAGCGUGCUCCCCGCUCCCUGAACCCCGGGAGAACCGCAGGGACCCGGCCGAAGGACAGAGAUUUGGACCUAGUGAAAGGACAUCGCCCCUUAGCACGAGCUAUGGACUCCACAGCAUCAGUUCUCCCUUCUCAGGACCCUGCUCUUCCUCCAGAGAGAUGCCCAGGAGAAAAGGGAACAGCCAGCUUAUUCCUGAAAGCCAGGCCCCAGGACCUGAUGACAUUUGAGGAUGUGGCUGUGGAAUUCACCCGGUGGGAGUGGGGGCAGCUGGACCCUACUCAGAAGGACGUGUACCGGGAAGUGAUGCUGGAGAAUUUCAAGAACCUGGCCUCCCUGGGGUUUCCAAUGUCCAAACCGUAUGUCAUCUGCCGGUUGGAGGAAGGGGAAGAGCCCUGUAUUUUGGAGAGAGAAAUCUCAACAGGUGCCCCCGCAGACUGGGAGAGAAGGCCUCAAGCCAAGGAAUCAAUGCUAAGUCAGGGAAUUUCCAAAGAAGAAUUAUUCCAGAUAGCAUCAGUGGAAAAACACAUUAGAGAUGAACUCUGGUCCUCCAAACUGAAAGCAACUUGUGGUUGUGAUGACCAGUUAGAGAUGCACCCAAAAAAGCAGGAGAGACAUCUGAAAGAAAUGUCACUCACUCACAAAUCUACUACCACCCUUAGGAGAGAUCAUGAGUGGAGUGAAUUUGGGACAAGUGUAGGUUUAAGAUCAGUCCCUGUUAACCAACACAGUGUUCUCAUGGGAGAAGGAUACUAUAAAUGUGAUACAGAUUUCAGAGAGACUUCAGGGAGAAAUAACUCUCAGAGAACCCAUCCAGGGAAGAAAUCUUGUAAAUGCAAUGAAUGUGGGAAGUUGUUCCAUUUCCAGUCAGAACUUAGGCGCCAUCAGAGAUGUCACACUGGAGAAAAGCCCUAUGAGUGCAGUGAAUGUGGAAGAGCCUUUGGUCAUAUUUCAUCCCUUAUUAAACAUCAGAGAACUCAUACCGGAGAAAAGCCCUAUGAAUGCAGCGAAUGUGGCAGAGCCUUUAGCCAGAGUUCAUCUCUUGUUCUACAUUAUAGAUUUCAUACUGGAGAGAAACCCUACAAAUGUAAUGAAUGUGGAAGGGCCUUUGGUCAUACUUCAUCCCUUAUUAAACAUCAGAGAACUCACACUGGAGAAAAGCCCUAUGAAUGCAGAGAAUGUGGGAGAACCUUCAGCCAGAGUUCCUCUCUCAUUGUACAUUACAGAUUUCACACAGGAGAGAAACCCUACAAAUGUAACAGAUGUGGGAGAGCCUUCAGCCAGAGUUCCUCUCUCACUCAACAUUAUAGAUUUCACACCGGAGAGAAACCCUACAAAUGUAAUGAAUGUGGAAGAGCCUUUGCUCACACUGCAUCCCUUAUUAAACAUCAGAAAAGUCAUGCUGGGAAAAAAACCCUAUGAAUUCAGAUAAUGUGGAAAGGCUUUCAGCUGGAGUACACACACCACUAAACCUCAGAGAAUAUAUAUAUAUAUAAUAUGAGUGUAAUGUAUGUGGGAAGACUUCUGGUCGGAGGACCUGUCUUGUUCAACAUCAGACAGGACAUACUAAACUGAAGCUCUAUUAAUAUCAAGAGAGGGAGUGGGCUUUUGUCACAACUCCUCCCUUAUCAAACAAACACCAGAGAAUUCAAACUAGUAAGAAACUAUGUGAACGUAAUGGAUUUGGAAAGGCUUUAGUUAGUGGAGACACACAUUAUUCAACAUCAGACAGUUUAUACUGGGGAGAAGCCUUAUCUGUGUAAUGAGUAUAGCACAGCCUUCAGUCACAUAUUAUUCCAAAAACAAAAACAAAAACCAGAUAACCAUACUGGAGAGAAACUCCUCAAGCAUGGUAAAAGCUAUCAGUAAUACUUCUCUUCUUGCCUUACUAAGCAUCAGGAAUACACACUAAAGAGAAUCGCUGAGAAAGCAGUAAAUGUGGGAAGGCCUUCAGUCGCAGCACAUCCCUUAUUAAGCAUCAGAGAAUUCGUUCUUGAGGAAAAACCCUGUGGAUAUGGUGAAUGUGGGAGAGCCUUCAGCCAAACCUCUUCCCCUUAUAAACAUCAGCAAGCUCACCCCACUGGUUAGAAACCCUGGGGAUGUAAUGCAUGUGGGAAAGGCUUUGGUGGAUGUUCUGCCCUUUUUGCACAUCAGAGAAUUUGUACUAGAGUGACUCUUUGAAUUUAGUGAAACUGGGAAAGCCCACUAGCCAGAAGCCAGAACUAUACAUAUUGUAUAGUUCCCUUUAUAUGAACUCCACUAGUAAUAAUGUGUGUCCUCUAACUAAAGCCUUUCCAAAUCCAAAACCCUCAGCAUACAUUAAGGCUUCACCCAAAAGGGAAACCCUGGGAGCUUAAUGAAUGUGAGGAAAGUUGAUUCAUAAAGCUAGAGCUGAAAGGAAGCUAAGAAAUCACCUAGUCUGGUGAUCUCCUACCUGCUGGGGGUUGUUUUUAUAACCACUUGUGUUCUGUCUCCCCAUCCUGUUACUGAUGGGAGAGGGGGUGCUGUGUGGGUGAAGAGAGUGAAGGCUGAUGAAGGUGGAGGCACCAGUGACCUAGACCAGCCAUAUUUUACAGCUAAGGAAUCUGAGCUUCGGAGAGUGCCAUGCCCUGGUCUAUACACCUAACUGCUGGACUUCUUUCCUCCUGGUUCACAGCUAUAGUUUGGGGAUUGAGAGACUGAAGGCCUUCUCUGCACAAAAGCUCCAUGCACUUGUUUCUCUGUAAUACAUGUUACUUUUAUGAGGCAGUAGAGUACUCUUAUUAAAGUUUUUGCGAGCAAAAAGCAAUUUUAAUAGAUCUUUAUGCUACUAGAUUUGGGAUUUUUGAAAUAAAAAAAUUUUAAACAUCAAUUAAAAUAUGGGUAUUAUUAAAAUCAAAACCUCAAAAACAUUAUCCUAAGUGAGAGUAGCCAGAUGCCAGGGACCACAUAUUGUAUGGCUCCCUUUUUAUGGAAUGGCCAGAAAAGGCAAAUCUUCAGAGACAAAGUAGAUCAGUGGUUGCCUGGGGCUGGGAGUGGCAACUGGGAGUGACUGCAAAUAUUUCAAGGAAUCUCACUGGGGUGGUGGGGCUAUCCUAAAACUGGAUUAUGGUGAUAGCUGAACAACUUGGUAAAUUACUAAAACUCAUUGAAAUGUGCAAAUAAAAUGUGAGUUUUAUGGUAUGUAAAUUAUACCUCAACUGUUUUUCAAAAAUCAAAUAUACAGACAUACCAACUAUUGCUAAACCAAUUUUCCUAUCUCGUCUGUUACUUCAAGCCAUCUGUGUGUCUUUGCUAUCACCUUCUAUUUUCUGUAAUGGUUAUUCCUAAGCUUACUGGGUCUCAAGUUCAUAUCAUGUUGUCUCUGCAACCUAUGUGGAGAAGCCAAGACCAAGAGCUGUCAUAGGCCAGAGGAGUCUUGACUAAAGGAAUUAGCUUACACUAAGGACAGUCGUUCAAACAUUUAAAGUCCAGAUGAGGUAGCUGAGCCCAGCAUUCAGGGAACCAGCUCAAAGUGGGUCCAUGCAGACAAGCAGGAUCUAGGGGUACAAGAGGUUGGCAGAGGGGAGUAGGCAGGUAGAAGGCACAGGAGGCAUCUGGACAGCUAAGAUCAUGAUGCCAGCCUAGGCGCCUGAAAAUCAUGGGAAAUUCUUCCCAGAGAUUCAAAGUUCACAAGCAGAAAUAGCAAGUAUUUUACAUUAGUAACAGCUUAGUUUGCUCUAUCACACAUUUUUUCCCUCCAGUGCCCUUCUCUAACCCCCGCCCAGGUCACUUUAUAUACCUGGAUACCUGCAACAACUUUGUAGCUGGUCUUUGCCUAACAUCUGUCCCUUCCUCUUUUGUAUCUCGAUCACGUUAACCAUUCUCAUCAGCGUGCACCCAUUCGCACCCCUGAAAGCCUUUGUACUGCCUACAGGAUAAAUGCUCACCUCUCAGUUUAGCAUUUAAUGCCCUCUCCAGUCUGCCCUAAUCUCCUGCUGCUCCUGACAAGAACCUCUAUUUCAGAAAAACUAGCUUGCCUGCAAUACUUAAGACAUGCCUCUGCACUUCCCAGCUUGGGCCGUUCUGCUCAAGCCAUUCCACCA